AUGGAACUUACAGCUACCAUCAAGAAAAUGUUGCAUGAUAGUCGGUCAAGGUAUAUAAACAGUGUUUGUGCAAACCGCAACAAUAAUCCGAAGCGCUUUUGGUCGAUAUUCAAAUUGAAAUCGAAAGUUCGCAACGUUCUUGAGAAACUGUCGAAGCAAGCUGAAAGUGAAGGUGCAAGAACAUCUGCAGAAUCGCCAGAAGCCAUCGCAUCCAUCUUCAAUACAUACUUCACUUCAAUCUUCACCAGAGAUCAACCUAGCACGGAAAAAGAUUCGCGUACGAUCGACGCAGAUUGUGACCAUUCUACAAACACCACCUUGUUAGAAGACAUCAUGUUAACACCAGAUCAUGUUGCUGCAGUCUUACGAACUCUUGACUACGAUAAAGCAUACGGACCGGAUGGUAUCCCCGCCCGUGUACUUACAGAAACAGCGUCAGUGAUAGCACCAUCGCUUUGUGAUCUGUUCAGACAACAAGUAACUGCGCAUUGGAAUAGUACCGAGAGAUUGGGAACUGGCCAAUGUCGUUCCUGUUUUUAA